AUGAUCUUCAUCUGCGUCAACACACCCACCAAAACACACGGAAUCGGAGCUGGGUUCAUGGCCGACGUCAGCGCAGUUGAGACCGCGACCCGGACGGUAGCGAAACAUGCAAAGUCUGGUGCCAUUAUUGUUGAGAAGAGCACUGUUCCAUGCGGUACAGCUCGGAUGAUUCACGACAUUCUGAGGUACUUUCGCCCCGAAGACAAGUUUGAGGUCCUGUCGAAUCCAGAAUUCCUCGCAGAGGGAACAGCGAUCGAAAAUCUGAUGCACCCGGAUCGGAUCUUGAUCGGCAGUUCCCCGACUCUGUCGGGCCUCCAGGCCGCGGCGGCGUUGAAGAAAGUGUAUGCUGCGUGGGUACCUAUCCCACAGAUUUUAACCAUCAAUACCUUCAGCAGUGAGCUCGCAAAACUCGUGGCGAACACCAUGCUUGCGCAGCGCAUCAGCAGCAUCAACGCGGUCAGUGCAAUGUGCGAGGCGAUCGGGCUGGGCGCAGACGUGGAGGACAUCAGCUUGGCGAUCGGCAAGGACGUAAGACUGGGCCCAAAGUUCCUACGAGCAGGCGUCGGGUUCGGCGGAUCGUGCUUUGAAAAGGAUAUCCUCAGCUUAGCAUACCUAGCAAGGGAACUUCACUUGGAUGUAGUUGCCGACUACUGGCUGGCGGUUCUGCGGGUCAAUGAGGACCAACGCCGUCGCUUUACUCGCAAUGUGGUUCGAGAGUUGAACGGCUCUCUCCGGGGCAAGAAGAUUGCCAUUCUUGGUUUCACGUUCAAAGAAGGAACAAACGACACCCGGAACAGUAUUGCAGUGCACAUUAUCAAGGAACUCGCGUCAGAGAUGCCGCGCGAGAUCGCCGUAUUUGACCCUGGAUGUGCGCCACACGAGAUCCUUGAGGAGAUCCAGCGGAUUGGCCUAAACAAAGAUGAGAUGGAGAGGGUCCGAGUCUGCUAUGGAUGGAGAGAGUGUGUCCAGCAGGCCAGCGCCGUUUGCAUUCUCACGCAGUGGAGGCAGUUCCGUGGCCAGCAUCUAGGAGCCACUGCAGGAUCCUCAAGAAACAUGGCGAUGCUGACAGAUGAUGGGCUUGCUACUGACACCCAGGAAGCUUGCAUCAGCGAGAUGGCUAUCAGGGAUUUGGAGCGGCUCUCACGACAACAGGUAGAAGCCCCAUCAGACGACCCCCUCGGGAGGUUGAAACCACUUCCACCUUGUCCGAAGGACUGCAGCCAGUGUGGACGCGGUGGAAGGGAGCAGGCUCAGGAAAUGGUGAACUGGGUCGAAGCUGCGGAUAUGAUGCAAGAGCCGCGUUGGGUUUUUGAUGGGCGGAACAUCGUGAACCACCUUGAGCUUCAAAGACUGGGCUUCAGGGUUAGGGGCAUUGGAAAGGGACAAAUCUUGGAGAACACGAGGGAGAAUCGGGGGAGUUCUAGAAAGCUUCCAAAAGAACUGGAAACUUGA